UCACGCAUGCGCAGUGGCACACUCUUGCUAUCAGGAAUAUGGCAGCGUCCUGAGCCCUGUUGGGGGGAAUACGCCGUUACUGAGCUCCUUCAGCACCCGAGUGGGAAAACUGAGAAGCACCGACCGCACUCAGAGGAGGGUGGGGGGCUGAGGGACGGCUACGAAUAACACCCCAUAGCAGUUUUACAGGUCCUGUGAAAAGAUGAAUGUUGUCAAAGAGAACAAAGACCUGGCCUGUUUCUACACCACCAAACACUCCUGGAGGGGAAAGUACAAGCGAGUCUUCUCAGUGGGGACGCAUGGCAUCACCACAUACAACCCUACCACGCUAGAAGUAACAAAUCAGUGGCCUUAUGGAGACAUCUGUGGUAUCGGUCCAGUAGGAAAAGGUCAGGGAACAGAGUUCAACCUCACAUUCCGCAAAGGCAGUGGCAAAAAGUCUGAAACGCUCAAGUUCUCGACAGAGCACCGGACAGAGCUGCUUACAGAAGCACUGAGAUUCAGAACAGAGUUUUCAGAGGGAAAGAUAACAGGCAGGCGUUACAACUGCUACAAGCACCACUGGAGUGACACCAGAAAGGCUGUGAGUUUAGAGGUGACACCUGGCGGCAUCGACCAAAUCGACCCACAAACCAACCGGGUGGUGUGUUCCUAUGACUACCGUAAUGUAGAAGGCUUCGUGGAGGUGUCUGAUUACCAGGGAGGAUUCUGCAUCCUUUAUGGCGGCUUCAGCAGGCUGCAUCUGUUUGCCUCGGAGCAUCGAGAUGACAUAAUCCGCUGCGCCAUAGAGCACGCGGGGAACUUCAUCGGCAUCACACUACGACUGAGGAAGGACGCCCUGACCUUUGAGGACUUCGUGACAGACAGGUUGGGGAAGUACAGCUCAGACGAGAGCAUCACUUCACUGGCUGAGUUUGUGGUGCAGAAGAUCACCCCUCGACACCCGGAGCCUAUUAAACGUAUACUGGCCCUGACAGAGACAUGUCUAGUGGAGAGAGACCCGGCUUCAUACAACAUAGUUACCAUCAAACCCUUUGGGGAGGUAUUUGCCCUCAUCUGUGAUGUCGACAACCCUCAGGUGUUUACAGUUGAAUUCAUCAGAGGUCAGAUCAGGAAGUUCUCCUCCACAGAAAGGGACUCCCUGUUAGCCAGCCUCCUUGAUGGAGUCCGUGCAUCAGGCAACAGGGACGUGUGUGUCAAGAUGGCCCCCACACAGCGAGGGCAAAGAUGGGGCCUGCUGAGCAUGCCCGUGGACGAGGAGGUGGAGAGCUUGCAUCUCAAAUUCCUGGCGGCACCUCCGAAUGGCAACUUUGCAGAUGCAGUGUUCAGAUUCAACGCCAACAUAUCCUACAGUGGAGUGCUGCAUGCAGUAACCCAAGAUGGUCUUUUCUCUGAGAACAAAGAGAAGCUCAUCAACAAUGCCAUCCUGGCACUUUUAUCCCAGGAGGCAGAGCUGCCAGCUCUUAACGCUGAGCUGGAGAGCCAUUUCCAGGCCAUCCGCCGCCUGGUGGCCUCCAAGGCUGGCUUCCAGGCUUUCACACAGCUGCCUAAGUCUGGUCAAGGGUCUGGAGUCACAGAUGCAACAUUCAGGGAAAAGUUGGGAGUAAAGACGGUAAAAGCUUUAAAACGGAACAACAACAGUGUGACACAUGCUGCUGUAGACAUGCUCUGUGCCCUUAUGUGUCCGAUGCACGAUGACUAUGACCUGAGGCAGGAACAGCUGAACAAGGCCUCUCUGCUGUCCUCCAAGAAGUUCCUGGAAAACCUCCUUGAAAAAUUCAUCACUAACGUGGACCAUGGAACAGGAGCUUUGGUCAUCAGCUCCUUACUGGAUUUCUUAACGUUUGCCCUCUGCGCGCCCUACAGUGAAACCACAGAAGGGCAGCAGUUUGAUAUGCUGCUUGAGAUGGUUGCCGCCAAUGGUCGCACGCUGUUCAAACUCUUCCAGCAUCCCUCCAUGGCGAUAGUAAAGGGAGCAGGUCUGGUGAUGAAGGCCAUCAUUGAGGAGGGAGACAAGGAAAUAGCCACUAAGAUGCAGGAGCUGGCCUUGAGUGAAGGGGCUCUUCCAAGGCACCUGCACACUUCUUUGUUCACCAUCAGCACUGACCAGCGGAUGCUUACCAACAGGCAGCUGAGUCGUCACCUUGUUGGCCUGUGGACAGCAGAGAAUCCUGUUGCCAUGAACCUCCUCAAGAGGAUACUGCCAACAGGCCUGCUGGCGUACCUGGACAGUGCUGAUGCAGUCCCGGAGAAAGAUGUGGACAGAAUGCACAUCCGUGACAACUUGAAAAUCGCCACGGACCAGCUAAACCGAAACAAAGUCCCAGAGUGGCAGCGGAUGGCAGGCAAAGCAGCCAAAGAGGUGGAAAAGUUUGCCAAGGAGAAGGCCGAUAUAGUGUUGAUGCACUGGAGAGAUAAAAUGGGAAUAGCCCAGAAGGAGCAGGACAGAAAUAACCUGAACCCAAACCAAAAGCCCGUCAUCCUAAGGAAGAGGCGGCAGAGGAUAAAGAUUGAAGUCAACUGGGAGCUUUUCUACUACAGAUUCCAGCUCGACCACGCUCGGUCCAACCUCAUCUGGAACCUGAAGACAAGGGAGGAGCUGCGGGAUGCUCUUGAGGGGGAGAUGCGGGCCUUCAGCGUCGACCGUGAGCUCGGCAGUGCCACUGUCAUCUCCUGGAAUCACCAGGAGUUUGAGGUGAAAUACGAGUGCCUUUCAGAUGAGAUAAAGAUCGGGGAUUACUACCUGCGUCUGCUGCUUGAGGAGGAUGAAAACGAAGAAUCAAACGCCAUCAAGAGAUCAUACGAGUUCUUCAAUGAACUCUACCAUCGCUUUCUGCUUACACCCAAAGUUACGAUGAAGUGCCUGUGCCUGCAGGCCCUUGCUAUAGUCUAUGGGAAGUGCUACGAGGAGAUUGGCCCCUUCACAGACACAAAAUAUAUUGUGGGCAUGCUGGACAGAUGCACAGACAAACUUGAAAGAGACAGACUUAUCCUCUUCCUCAACAAACUCAUUCUCAACAGGAAAAAUGUGAAGGAGGUGAUGGACUCAAAUGGAGUGCGUAUUUUGGUGGAUCUGCUCACCUUGGCACACCUGCAUACCAGUAGAGCUACAGUGCCCCUGCAGAGCAAUGUGCUGGAGGCAUCACCAGACAUGAAGAGGGAGAGUGAGAAAGAGUGGUACUUUGGAAAUGCAGACAAGGAGAGAAGAGGACCUUUCAGUUUUGAGGAGAUGCAGGAGUUUUGGAGCACAGGCGUCCUGACAGCAAAGACGCGAUGCUGGGCUCAAGGAAUGGACGGCUGGCGUCCCCUGCAGGCUAUCCCCCAGCUAAAAUGGUGCCUCCUGGCCACUGGGCAAGCAGUGAUGAAUGAGUCCGACCUGGCUACACUAAUCCUUAACAUGCUUAUCACCAUGUGCUCCUACUACCCCAGCAGGGACCAAGACAAUGCCAUUAUCCGUCCUUUACCCAAGAUCAAGAGGAUGAUCAGUGACAACGCUUGUCUCCCUCACAUUGUUCAGCUGCUGUUGACCUUUGACCCCAUCCUGGUGGAAAAGGUAGCUAACAUGCUGUACCUGGUGAUGCAGGACAACCCCAAUCUGCAGCGCCUCUAUUUAACUGGGGUGUUCUUCUUUAUCAUGAUGUACACUGGCUCCAACGUGCUUCCUGUGGCAAGGUUCCUGAAGUACACACAUCUGAAGCAAGCCUUCAAAUCAGAGGAGUCUAAGGGUCAGGAUAUUGUGCAGCGUAGUGUUCUGGGUCCAGUGCUGCCUGAGGCCAUGGUGUGUUACCUGGAGAACUACGAGGCUGAGCGCAUCUCAGAGAUCUUCCUUGGAGAAUUUGAUACACCUGAGGCCAUUUGGAGCAGUGAGAUGAGGCGGAUGAUGAUCGAGAAGAUAGCUGCUCACGUAGCUGACUUCAGCCCCAGACUGCAGAGCAACACUCGGGCCCUCUACCAGUACUGCCCCAUACCCGUGAUCAGCUUCCCUCAGCUGGACAACGAGCUCUUCUGCAACAUCUACUACCUCAGACAUCUGUGCGACACCACCCGCUUCCCCAACUGGCCCAUUCGAGAACCUGUGAAGCUUCUAAAAGAUACUCUUGAAGCGUGGAAGAGAGAAGUGGAGAAAAAGCCUCCCUCCAUGUCUGUGGAUGACGCUUACGAAGUCCUCAACCUCCCACAAGGACAGGGACAGCAUGAGGAAAGUAAAAUCAGGAAGGCUUACUUCAGACUGGCACAGAAGUACCAUCCCGACAAGAACCCCGAGGGCAGAGACAUGUUUGAGAAAGUCAACAAAGCCUACGAGUUCCUUUGUACAAAGUCUGCACGAAUCCUGGACGGCCCCGAUCCAGAAAACAUCAUCCUCAUCCUCAAAACUCAGAGCAUCCUCUUCAACCGACACAAACAAGAGCUGGAACCUUACAAAUACGCCGGUUACCCAAUGCUCAUCAAAACGAUCACAAUGGAAACGGAGGAUGAUCAGCUCUUCUCCAAGACCUCUCCGCUCCUUCCGGCUGCCGUUGAACUUGCCUUCCACACUGUCAACUGCUCUGCUCUGAAUGCAGAGGAGCUGCGCCGCGACAACGGCAUUGAGGUUUUGCUGGAGGCUCUUUCUCGGUGUGUUGCUGUGUUAACUGCGUCCAGCAAGCCUGAUGACAUGGCUGUACAGGUGUGCGGGCACAUCUGUAAGUGCUACAGUGUCGCAGCCCAGUUUGAGGAGUGCAGAGAAAAGAUAAUUGAACUGCCAAACAUCAUCAGGGACCUCUGUCACAUCUUGUUCUAUGGAAAGGGUCUCCCAAAAACGGCUGCCCUGGCAGUCCAGUGCGUGAGCUCCUUCGCAGUGGAUUUCUUCCUACAGACCCAUCUAUACCAUGCUGGUGUGCUCUGGCACCUGCUGGUCCACCUCUUCAACUACGACUACACCCUGGAGGAGAGUGGCGUUCAGGCCAACCAGGAAACAAACCAACAGGAGGUCGCCAACAACCUGGCCAAGCUCAGUCUGGUAGCUCUCAGCCGUCUUGGAGGCUACACCCAGACACCACCCACACCAGACGGGAACAAUCCCGUUUCAGAGACCAACGGCAUCGACGGAACACCUCCUGAGAACCCCACCAUCCGCAAGAGCUUAGCAGCCAUGCUGACACCGUACAUCUCAAGGAAGCUGGGAACAGGAACUCCUGCUGAGGUCCUGAAGCUUUUGAAUAGUAACUCAGAGAACCCGUACUUGAUCUGGAACAAUGGAACAAGAGCCGAGCUGCUGGAAUUCCUGGAGUGUCAGCAGGAGGGAAACAUAAAGAGGGGAGAAAAUGAUAAAAGCUUUGGUGCAGAGUUUGUGUUCAAUGAUCACAGCAAAGAGCUGAUAGUUGGAGAGAUCUUUGUCCGGGUCUACAAUGAGCAACCGACUUUUCCUCUUGAGUACCCCAAAGCAUUUGCAGCCAGUCUGCUAGACUACGUCGGCUCCCAGGCCCAGUACCUCCACACUCUGCUGGCCAUGAGUCAGAGCAACAAGGUGGAGUCCCAGCAGCACGCUGAGAGGCUCCGCUUCGCUGAGAUGGCUUUAGAGGCUCUACGCAACGUCAUCAAGAACAACCCUGGUUCGGAGACGGAGUGCAUCGGACAUUUCAAACUGCUCUUCUCUUUGUUGAGGGUUCACGGAGCUGGCAGAGUACAGCAGCUGGUGUUGGAGGUUGUGAAUACAGUGACAUCAAACCAGGAAUGUGUUAGCAACAUUGCAGAGUCACUAGUGUUGUCCAACCUUCUGCUGCUGCUACACUCACUUCCCUCCAGUCGCCAAAUUGUGUUGGAAACCUUGUAUGCACUGACUUCCAACACAAAGAUAGUCAAAGAGGCUAUGGCCAAAGGUGCUCUGAUCUACUUGCUCGACCUCUUCUGUAACUGCACACAUCCCCAGGUCCGCACGCAGACUGCCGAGCUCUUCUCCAAGAUGACCUCAGACAAGCUGGUUGGGCCAAAGGUGCGUCUAACGCUGAUGCGUUUCCUCCCUGGUGUGUUCAUGGAUGCCAUGAGAGACAACGCUGAAGCAGCAGUGCACAUAUUCGAGGGAACACAUGAGAACCCUGAACUGAUCUGGAACGACAACUCGAGGGAGAAAGUGUCUACAACUGUCCGGGAGUUGAUGCUUGAGCACUUUAAACAGCAGAAGGAUAAUCCUGAUGUGAACUGGAAAAUGCCAGAUGACUUCACAGUGGCUUAUGGAGCAGGACAGGGCGAGCUAGAAGUCGGUGGCGUCUUCUUGCGUAUCUUCAUCGCACAGCCAGGCUGGGUGCUUCGCAAGCCUCGAGAGUUCCUGGUGUCCCUCCUGGAGACCAUGACCGAGCUGCUGGAGAAAAACAACCCCAAUGGUGAGGCCCUGGAGACGGUUACCACGGCAGCAGUUUGUCUGUUCAGCACACAGAGCCAGCUGGCCGACCAGGUUCCUCCUCUGGGUCACCUGCCUCGCAUCCUGGCAGCACUCAACCACAAGAACAAUGCAGUGCCCAAGUGCUCCAUCCGCCUCAUCCACGUGUGGUUUUGUAUGGUGCCGCGCAGGUGUUGGAGCCAUAGACAUAUAAAGCAUGUGUCUAUGGUUGGAGCUGGGAUGUGUCUGUUUACGGCGUUGUGUUGCUUAGCAACGGCUGAAAACAAUGGUUCCGCUUUGACAGAGCGUCUUUUUCACGGCAGACACUUUGGUUUCUGUCUGGUAGACACUCAGUUUAACUUUCACUCAGUAUUGAUAUUAUUACAGGACUAUAACUCUACCUCUGAGGGAUUUCCUGCCGCCAAAGAUCUGUUUCACCACCGGUUAUCAUUCUCCAGCAAAAUGGCAUCGAGCUAUGGAUCACUUGUCUGGGAGGCCAUUGUGCUGCUCGACAGGUUCAACGCUGGCAGGCAGUGUUUGGAUGACUUCGUGGAAGAUGCUGCCAAGGAUCUGCAGCACAUGGACUCACUGCAUAAGAAUUUCAUACUUGACGUUGUUUCUGGAUGUAUUGAGCACAAAAAGUUACUGGACGUCGCUGUCAGUAUCUUCUAUCACCGGAACUGGAAAUGCUUGCCCAGAGAUCACAGCCAAUUUGUCGUUGUCUGUUACCUCGCUACGUUUGCCCUCGAUGACCUUGGACUUCAGCAUUUCAGCAACAUUGUCAAAUCACUGGACAUCAAGAGGAUGCAAACAUUCCUGAAUUUCUUCUUCACAAACCUCACCACGUGGAUACAAGCAGAGUGGAAUACCAUCUACGAUGCUGAAUAUGUGGAGAAAAACUGGAUUGGCCCUCUGCUGAGAUGGCGCCCGGAGAUCGAUAUUCUCAUAAAGCAGCUUGCUGACGCAGUAUCUCGUGGGGGUCAGGUCAAGAAGGCUCCAAUCAAAACCACCAAGCCGCAGGAGUUCUCUCUCACCAGACCUAAACCGCCACCUCUGCCAAAGCCUGAGCUCAUUCCACAGCAGGAAAAAAGCAAACCAGUGCCAAGUAGCACGUACAUGGCCCCGAAAGAGAUGCAGAAGCUGGAGGAAAUCAAACAAAAGAACCAGCAGGAGAGUGAGGAGCUGCUCUAUGAGGCCAAUAUGAAACAGUUGAGAUGCGCAAAUCCACAGAAGUCUGAACGCACCAAGAGGGUGAGGUCUCAGAUCGCAGUGGACUUUGACUCCAAACUCAAGUUCAACUCGUUUCGCUCCUCUGCAUCUCCCUCCAGCCAAAAGACUAACAGCUGGCCCGCAAAGCUAAACACUGCAGCCACCCUGAGGCAGAAGGCGCUCUAUGACCGUCAGGUGGAGGAGGAGCUGCAAAGAAUGGAGCGUCUGGUUGAGGGAGCUCGCGAGCCCUCGUGUUUCCUGCAGUGGCAGAGGGAGAUGCGUGAGAAGGACCUUCAGGAGGAGCUGACCAAGAUUGAGCGCAGGCAUCUGGAGGGACAGAUCAGCCAUAAGGAGGCGGCUAUAGCCCGGGCCCGCCUCAUGGAACGCAACCAAGAGACUGCUCAGCUGAAGAAAGAAGAGACAGCUCAGCUGAUGCGGAGAUAUGCCGAGAAGAGGCUGCAGGAGGAGAAAGAAAUGAGAGACUUGGUGCAACAAGUGGCAGAGGGCCACAAGAACUCAAAGACGGCUAAAGAGAAGCUGCAGAAAUUCAAGAAAAGUAUAGUGAAGGAAGUCUCAGAGCAAAGUCGAGAGCUCCUUCGUCAAGCACUGGAGGAGGCACAUGCCGAGCUCAGCAGGAAGUUUGAAAUCAUCGCCGAAAUCCGCGCCAUCGAAUCGCUCCCUCACAUCAGGGUACAGAAUUUUGACGACACAGAGACUGCAGGCCACCACCUGCUGGGAGAGAUGUCUCUCGUCGAGCUGAAGGAGCGGCUGUCCCUCCUGAGGGAGGCUCAGCUAGCGGAGCAGCAGCAGAGACGGGAGCACAUCCUGGAGGAGAAGGAGAAGAAGAAGCAGCAGCUGGUGGAGCACCUGGACAAGAUCGAGCUCUACAGGAGAAUGCAGGCACAGGCCGCUGCCAUCAGGAAAGAGGAGAUGAGAGCCAGGCUGAGUCCGCAGGCCAAGGUGACUCAGGAUGAGACGGUUUUGGCUCUGCAGAGGAAACUGAAAGAGAAACAACAAGAGCAUCAAAGACUGAAGCAAACUGAGGGAACGAAGUCCAAAACUCCUGAACAGCCUGUCGGAAACACAGAGAUACACAACAGAAAAAGCUCCAAGGAGAAAAGCUGGGAGGAGUUGGAACUGAGCUUAGAGCGUCAUAUCCAGAGGAACGCUGCUCAUGUUUCAUUUUAGCUCAGAUGCAUCAUUAGCUAUAUUUGUUGUAAGAAAAGUGUGGGAAGAUCUUCCUUACAUCUUUUAUUGCCUUAAUUUGACACAUUUGUAAUUAGAAUUUGCUUGAAAUGCUGUAAUAAAAAUGUUGCGUCACUGUCAUUUAUUUACCACUGAUGUUUGUUUAAUUCAGUGAGUUUAUCCCGGAUUGUUUACUCAUUUUUCUAAUCAAUAAAAGGUUGGACAAAAGAA